AUGGACGCCGUGCCGUUCUACCAGCGGUGUGUUGUGGUUUGCCCCUCCACCAUGUCCGAUGACCGCGCAGCUUCGUUGCUGGGUCGUGCGCGAGAGCACUUGCCUUCAGCGCAUUUGGCACCGCUGCGCAGACGCAGCCGUGGUGUGGCGGGGUUCUCGGCGUCCUCUGAUAAGGGGAGCGGCGCCGUGCAGAUUACAGCCAGCACACUGCCUCCAUUUGUUUCGCCAUUGGAAAGCGUUCCGCCGCACUCCCUCGACCUCGUAGUGUUUGCCGCCAACGUGUUCGGGGAGGAGAUGCUGCACGACGCACCGUGGCACAUGUCGCUCGCCCACCGCUGCCUUCAGCCACACGGAGUCGUCGCCAUCAUGGGCUACACACCGCGGGUCCGGGUGGCAGCCCCAGAGAUGGAGCACAGGGAUGCAGAUGACUUUCUGGAGGAUCUGGGGCGCCGGGCACGCGAGGUGUCGGAGGCAGCGGAUUCCCAACAGCACGGCGCUGCAUUGCGGCGAGCUGUGGAAAUCAGCAGCAGUUUGGAUGUGGGGCACGCAGAUACCUAUUUUCCAUUCCCCUCGACUAGGCGUCGGUGGUUUGUUUCGGAGUACGCCGCAACUUCCGCGCAGCUGGCAGCGUCAUACAGGGCACUACCAGAAUAUCAAUUACUCUCCGCUGGGACACGCCUUCGCAACUCGCCAUUUUGUGAAGAGAACAUUGGAGAGGCCGAGAAUGAUGACGAUGCGGUGAAUGUUUCUCGCCGACGAAGCUACGUGGACCCUCUCGAAGCCUUGCAAGGUUGUUUGCAGGCACGUGAAAUGACGCAAGGGUCAGGGAAGUUUGUUCCGGCUCCGCUGAGGAUUCACGUACGACAUUUUGUUGUUACAUGCAGCGCCCGUUCAGUGAAUGCCCCGAUCGAGGCUCACCAGUUUCCACCUGCUCAGAGGCACCAGCCACAGUUAAAGUAG